AAGACGAACGACCCAGUCGUAUUUCGUACUUGGUCAAGUGAACAGUAACAGAACUCUCCGAAAACGCUUACACCUAAAUGAAGCUUCGGCACUUCGGAAACUUUUAGCGCGAACCACGUAACACGAACGAAAUGGGUGAUAUAAUCGAAAUGACCGGUGGUGGGACCAAUAUGGCUUACCACGGUCUCAGCCAGCAUGUGAACUUCGACGCGAUCCCUGAGCCCGGUGAUCGUUUCGUUCUGGAGGAAUUAAUUGGCGAGGGAACAUACGGGGAGGUCUACAGCGCGCAUUGCAACGAGACCGGGAACAAAGUCGCGAUUAAAAUCCUCGAGAACGUGGCCGACAACAUCGAGGAGAUCGAGGAGGAAUACUUGGUGCUGAGGGAUCUUAGCCACCACCCGAACAUCCCUCUGUUCCACGGGUUGUUCUUGAAAAGAGCGAAGCCCGCUCAGGAGGAGGACCAGUUGUGGUUUGUCAUAGAGUUGUGCACCGGAGGUUCGGUGACCGAUCUCGUGCAAGGCUUGAAAAGAAAAGGGAAACGUCUGACGGACGAGCAAAUAGCUUACAUCCUCCGAGAGACGGUCGAGGCGCUGAUUUAUUUACACAACAAUCACUGCAUGCACCGUGACGUCAAGGGGCACAACAUUUUACUCACCGAAGAUGCUCACGUGAAACUGGUCGACUUUGGUGUCUCAUCGCACCUCGCCGCGACUCUCGCGAGGAAAAAUACUUCGGUCGGGACUCCAUAUUGGAUGGCGCCAGAGGUAAUAGCUUGCGAGCAACAAUUGGACUCGUCUUAUGAUUCCCGAUGCGACGUUUGGUCGGUCGGGAUCACGGCGAUCGAGCUAACGGAAGGCGAUCCGCCUUUAUCCGAAUUGCAUCCGAUGAGAGCGCUCUUUCAAAUACCUAGGAACCCGCCACCGUCACUAAAGAAUCCGGAUAUUCACUGUCCGGAGUUGAUGGACUUCAUUACAGAAUGCUUGGUGAAAGAUCUCGAGCACAGACCGUUCGCCAGUGAAUUAAGGGAGCACCCAUUGAUAGCGAACAUCGAGCCGAACAUAGAAAGGAUCAGAAACGAACUUCGUGAGGAGAUAGCGCGUCAAAGGGCGGACGGAAGAGUACAAAGGCAGCCGGAAGUGACGACCAAACAUGGGAAAUUGAAGACCGAUCGGAAGACCAGGCCGGAAAAAAUGUACAUGGACGACUUGGCUGCGUUGGACAUGCUGUCCGAGGACGCGAUCGUCGAUCAAUUGCAACACAGAUACGAACAAGCUCAAAUAUAUACUUAUAUUGGCGAUAUACUUGUUGCCGUUAACCCGUUCACAAACCUGGGACUGUACACUGGACUUGAGCAGAAAAGGUACAAGGGUCAGGCGAGAUCGGACAAUCCGCCUCACAUAUUUGCCGUUGCCGACGCCGCUUACCAAGCAUUGCUUCAUCAGCGAAAAAACCAAGCGAUCGUAAUUAGCGGAGAAUCUGGAGCGGGCAAAACGGAGAGCGCGAACUUGCUGCUGAAACAAUUGGUCUAUCUCAGUAAAGCUCCUAAUCGCAAUUUGGAAGAGAGGAUUCUGCAGAUAAACCCGAUAAUGGAGGCUUUCGGAAACGCGACCACCGGAAUCAACGCGAAUUCCUCGAGAUUCGGCAAAUACCUGGAUCUGACGAUGACUAAGGGUGGUAAAGUCACUGGCGCCAGAAUAUACGUCUAUCUGUUGGAGCAAUCUCGAGUCGUGGCUCAAGCCGAGGGCGAACGCAAUUUCCAUAUAUUCUACUACAUGUACGACGGCCUCGAAGCAGACGACCGCCUCUCGGAAUUCUAUCUGGAUCCGGAUCUCCGGAAGAAUCAUCGAUAUUUGACGGAUAAUAGUCAGACAUCGCAGACGCAUAUCGACAAGUUCCAGCAACUGAAGGCCGGCUUUAAAUUGCUCGGUUUCCAGGACAGCGAGGUAGACACGGUGUACCGUAUCCUCGCCGCGAUACUUCAUCUCGGUGAUAUCGAGUUCGGUGAAGUGGCCAGCGAGGACAACACCGAUAACAAGAGCCACGUGAUCGAUACGGCACCUUUACACAGAGUUUCGCAAUUGCUUGGCGUGGAGGAGAACGAUCUUUUAGAGGCGUUGACAUCGAACUCGGUUAUGACCAGAGGAGAGACAAUUACACGGAACAAUACGGUGACAGAGGCGUGCGCGGCGAGAGAUGCGAUGGCUAAAGGCCUGUACGGUCGACUGUUCGAUUGGAUGGUCAAUCAAAUCAACUGUUUACUGAGCUUCAAUCGAUCCCCGAAUUAUGAACCGCUGGCGAUUGGGCUACUCGACAUCUUCGGGUUCGAAAACUUCCCGAGGAACUCGUUCGAGCAGCUUUGCAUCAACAUUGCCAAUGAACAAAUACAAUACUAUUUCAAUCAACACAUUUUCACCUGGGAACAACAGGAGUACAUGGCGGAGGGAAUACCCGUCGAUCUGGUCGAGUUUUCGGACAACAGACCCGUACUCGACAUGCUGCUGAGUAAACCUAUGGGACUGCUGGCACUGUUAGACGAGGAAAGCCGAUUCCCUCGAGCCACCAACAAAUCUUUGAUCGAAAAAUACCACAACAACAUUAAAUCGAAGUUCUACGUGCGACCGAAAUCGGACGCGGUUUGCUUCGCGGUUCACCAUUUCGCGGGACGCGUGGUUUACCAAGCGGAAGGGUUCUUGGAAAAGAAUAGAAACUUCUUGCCUCCUGAGAUCAUCCAGCUAGUCAGACAGUCUCAGUACGAUAUGGUCCGUUUCCUGUUCCAAUGCCCGAUCACGAAGACCGGCAACCUGUAUUCAGCCGUCCACGAGACCGACUCGAAGAAGUUGUCACAACAGUCUAAUCAGAAUACAAAGGAACGUUAUUCGAGCCGAGGAUUGGCGUCACAGUCCAGAGCUCAGCAAACGGUGGCAACCUACUUCCGGUAUUCCCUCAUGGACUUGCUGCAAAAGAUGGUAUCGGGUUCACCGCAGUUCGUACGAUGUAUAAAACCGAACGAUUCCAAGAGCCCGCAAUUCUUUGACAAAGAGAAAGUGGUGAAGCAACUGAGAUACACGGGUGUUCUAGAGACGAUACGAAUUCGGCAGAACGGGUUCUCGCACAGAAUACAGUUCAACGAAUUCUUAAAGAGAUAUUGUUUCCUAGCAUUUUCUUUCGAUGAACGUGUGGUAGCUAAUCGCGAAAAUUGCCGACUCUUCUUAAUUCGUCUUAAACUGGACGGUUGGGCAUUGGGUAGGACGAAGGUAUUUUUGAAAUACUAUCACGUCGAGUUCCUUUCGAAAAUGUACGAGGAACAACUGAAGAGGAUCAUUAUGGUCCAAGCAUGCGUUCGCCGAUGGCUCGCGAGAAUUAGAUUCAAGAAACAGAAAUGGCAAUUUGCCGUAUCGGUCGUGACGCUCCAGCGUCAUAUUCGUGGCUGGUUAUCACGAAAGCGUCUUUUGGAGGAAAUGAGGAAGAAAGACAUGGAAGAAAAGACAAAUGCACGAGCAGCGCUAGAAGAGGCACGGAAAAAUAAGGCGGCUGAGGGAGAAUCAGCAGAAAAUGAGAAAGACGAAUUGAAGGAAGACGACGCUGCUGUUAUUAUACAGAGCCAUUUCAGAGGGUACACUAUUCGAAAGCGUUUCGGACCCGAGUUGGAGGAACGUUUCAAGUUGAUCUUAAACAAUUACGACGACAAAGUCGAGGCGCAUAAAGCAUUAGUGCGCGAAGGUGUAAAGAACGAAGACGCGGAGUUAAUUAUUCAACGAUGGUACAAGGAAGAAGAAAGAGUUAAUAAAAACAAGUCACCGGUAAAAGACAACGUGCAUUACAAGUUAAGACAAGCCGAUCUCAUACAAUUCUCACAAAAUGUUCACAUGAAGAAUCAGGAGGUGCACAAAAAUCUGCGUCGGAACAAACCUGGAAUACCGGUGAACGACGUCGAAGAACCGUCACCGGAUUACGUUCGACCCGAAGGAUUUAGCAUGGUGCAGCCUGUCAUGCAAUAUCGUAGCGGCAAUCAAGUGGAGGGAGAGGAGACCAUCAAAUAUUAUCGUGACUUGAAGGACGAGAUGAGCAGUGGUUCGGACUUAGAAGAAGACGAAGCUGGCUGGGACUUACCGUUGAUACAGCUAGAAAAUGACCUUCAUCCAUUGUCGAGGAGUCGAAUAGGCCAGGUUUUGGAAGUUGCAGAGAGGAGGGAUCGUAUGGAAGCUCAGGCCAACUUUGCGCUAGCCACAGAGCAGCAACUCUCGGAUAUAUGGCACAAAGCUUUGAGGAAUCCGGGCGAGAAUCAACAGCCAGCGAUGCCGACCAAAGUGGGUAUACGGACUAAUUACGUACCUAAUAACAACCUGUGGUCCCCUGAAGAUUAUCCGAUCCGCAGACAACCUGCAGUCGACUCUUCGAAUAUCAACCAUUCAAAUGGCCUACGAUCCAGAUGCAUCAAUAGAUGCAACGAUAUAAACGAGCGUCAACUACCGAGUCAGCAGUGUAUCGCCAAUGGACACCCUAUAAACAAUCAUCGGAACAGAUUAAACGCCGGCUUUCAUUUUGCGAACGGACAUUCGGUGUUCGCCAAUGGACACGCGCGUCCAAAUAAUCGUCACGAUCGCGUGAACGGUCACGGAGUUGCAAUUAACGGGUAUUCAAACCCAGCUCACGAACAUUCGUCGACGAAUAACGUGGCCAAAGCGAACGGACAUCUACCUUGCAGUAACCAGUAUCGGAACAUCAUGAGCGGUUGUCAGAACGGCCUCUUUAUCAAUAAAAUGGUCGUGAGGGACGAAUUGACGAAGCCGAGGCCGAGCAACGGCCUUAGAAACAAUCUACAUGAACGUGCAAAAGAAAUACAGCCUAAGAAGGAGAAUAAAAAUUUGGAGAAGUAUGGAAAGAUCGACAAUAAAAAUGAGAUAGGCAAACUGAUCAAUUGUCAGAACGCAAUCAACGGCAGAUUGGGCGUUGGGAAGAAAGAGCUGGGGAACGAUAGAUACGGUAUCCCAGUCGAUCUUAAACAGAUCUUGAGACCAGCGGCCGUUCAGAAACGCCAGGAAAUUUUUAAGGUGAAUUACGACCCGGAGGAUAUCAAUGGGCCAUAUAAUUUCAGGCAGCUAUUGCGACCGGCCGAAUAUCUUCCCACCGAGUCGUUAAGGAAAAGAAAGGGGGGCUUGGCUUGUAAUGGAGUUACACCAUCGAAGGACAAAGUACCCGAGAAACAUGUAAAGAGAAGAGCACCGCUGGCGCCAAAUCAAAACAAAUUUGUUAACGCGAACAAGUAACGAGAUGUUAACAAGAUCCAGUCUGACACAAACAUUUUGUUGAGAAACAGAAAGAGUUAGUAAUGGAUUCAACGUCUAGUUUCUCUUAACUGUAGGCGUAACGUUCGUUUUCCUUAUACUUCGAAUUCUUUCAUAUUUUCUGCCAUUAAAAAUAUUUGUCAAAGUAGUGCAGAAAACUGUUAUUCCAUAAGGAAAUGUAUGUUAAGAAUAUCGUUUGAUUAGAACUAGUCAUGUGUAGCUUUACGAGAAUUAGAUGUACGUAUAUCCGAUAAAAAAUAUUGUAAUUCGGUGAGUUAACGUGAUUCAUCGGGAAAAUUUACAUUUACGGACGAAUACACGCGUUUUAGGUAUGACUGCAGUCAAAAUUUGUCAAUGAAAUUGUUUACCAGCAUUCCAUCCCGCUGUGAGUAUACCAACACGUUUUAAUUAGUCGCUGUUAUUGUAUAUUCUUAUUAAGUCUUAAACUAUAGAACAUAUUUAAAAAGUACAGCUUGUAUAUACAAUUGUCAUAGAAGCAACAUAAUGAUGAACUAAAUAUAUUCGGUACAUGUUGAUUCUAAGCCUGUCAUUCAUUCCAAAUUAAAAAUAGUAAAAUAUUUCAA